GGGAAUGCGCUUGCGCUGCGGCCUGUGCUCUCCCUGAAGCGGAGCCGCUCUCAGCCUCAGGCCGAGUCCGAGUCUCCCGGGCACCCGCUGCCUCGUCCUUCCUGGCCUGGCCGGGCCUGCGGUAUGCUGCUUGGAAGAGGAACAUUCCAUGGUCCUCAUGUCAUUUUGAAGACUAGAAAUUAUGCAAUUUUCUUUCGGAUUUUAUCUCUGAGAGUGAAACUUUAAAAUGGCUAUUCAAUGAUCAGACGAAAAACUUUUAAAAUAUGAUUGAAUUCAUGACACUAAGGGUGAGACUGGGAACAUUAAUGGCCAAGUCUGGAGAUCAGCUGGUCUUCUGAGUAAGUCAUGGGUAGCUGUUGUAGCUGUCCAGAUAAAGACACUGUCCCAGAUGACCAUCAAACAAAAUUUAAGGUAGUUAAUGUGGAUGAUGAUGGUAACGAACUGGGUUCUGGUAUAAUGGAACUUACAGAUACAGAACUGAUUUUACAUACACGGAAGAGAGAUGCUGUGAAAUGGCCCUACCUCUGUUUGCGUCGAUACGGCUAUGAUUCAAACCUCUUCUCUUUUGAAAGUGGCCGGAGGUGCCAAACUGGACAAGGAAUUUUUGCAUUCAAAUGUGCACGAGCUGAAGAGAUUUUCAACUUGCUCCAAGAUAUCAUGCAGUGUAACAGUAUAAGUGUAGUGGAAGAGCCAGUUGUAGAAAGAAGUGAACAGCAAAAUGAAUUAGACAUUCCAAGAACUCCACGGACACCUACCACUCCAGGUUUUGUUCAACCAAGUUUACCAAAUGGAUAUCCCAGGUAUCCAUCUUUUGGAGAAGGCUCUUCUCAUCCUUCAACACGGCAUCCCUCUGUAGGCAGUGCACGUUUGCCCUCUGUGGACGAAGAAUCAACACACCCUCUAAUAGUAUCGGAGGAACAAAUUCACACAUAUGUUAAUACCUCUGGUGUACAUGAAGAACUGAAAAACAGAUCCACUGUGCAAACAUCAUUGGAACUCCAACCCUUAAAUAGUGAAGCUAGCUUAAAUACAGAAGAUCAUUGCAAUUCAGUUGAAGAGAGAAACCCUCAAGUUGUAUUUGAACCCCAAGGGGUAAAAUUUGUUUUGGGACCAACUCCUGUGCAAAUGCAGUUGAUGGAAAAGGAAAGACAAGAUGCUUCUGGAAGUGAGCAGACAAAUGCUGGCAGUGGCAAUAACUGUAAUGAUUGGGACACUGGUUACGAUAGCGAUGAGCGGAAGGAAGCAUCCUCUACUAACAAGUUUGUGUAUGAAAAUAUUAAUGGCCUUUCAAUUCCCACCGCCUCUGGUGGCAGACGGAGUAGACUAAUGUCAAAUACUAGUUCAGAUGUACAGAAUAUCAACAACUCCGCUCAGAGGAGGACUGCACUCUUGAAUUAUGAAAACUUGCCUUCUUUGCCUCCAGUGUGGGAAGUACGCAAACUAAGUAGGGAUGAAGAAGAUAGUUUGGGACCAAAGACGCCAUCGCAGAAUGGUUAUCACACUAAUCUUGAUCAAAUGCACAACUAUGUUAAUACAGAGAAUGUAACUGUUCAGCCUAAUGUACACAAGGUUGAUUUUUUACGACAACUGGAUUGCUCCCCAAGUGUUUUUAAUUUUGAUAUAAGGCGACCAAGUCUCGAACAUCGGCAGCUGAACUACAUCCAGGUUGACUUGGAAGGUGGUAGUGAUUCGGAUAACCCACAGACUCCAAAAACACCCACGACUCCACUUCCACAAACUCCAACGAGGCGAACAGAAUUAUAUACCAUGAUAGACAUAGAAAAGACUGCUGCUAUGUCAAAUUUACAGAAAGCACUGCCAAGAGAUGAUGGAACUGCAAGAAAAACAAGACAUAAUAGUACUGACCUACCAAUGUGAGCCUGGAAAGUACUAUUUUGCUUAGUUGCACCUUUGUUAUAUAAAGACAUGUGGACUGAGAUUUUUCCUCUGAAAAUUAACAAUAGACAAUGAAAUAAGGAAAAAAUAAUAGGAAUUGUGUUUUGAGCCUAACAUGUUUAUAUCAGUUAAAGGGAAUUCAUGUAGAGCAGGAACUCCAUAAAAGCACCCCCUUUGUUUUAUCAUUCUAUAGUUGAACAUAGUUUUUACUUUCUCCUUACUUCCAUCAUUACUUUCUCCUUGCUAAUUCCAUUCAACUGAAUUCUCCUUAGGACGUUGUCAAAAUGCAAACAUCUAAAAAUUUUGAUACUGGCUUUCCUUGUGUUUCUUACAGAACUUUGUGUAUUCUUUGCAGGCAAAUGACAAACCUAACUAAACUUAACUUCCACAGUUUCCAUAGUGAUCAGCGUGUUUCUCAUUAGCAUUAACUGAUGCUGGUAUGCAACAUGUAUCUGUACUGAGAUUUUGCCAACCAAAAUCCAAGUAUAAGCGUGCACUUUCACCAGGUAAUAGUGUAACAUUGCUGAAGAUAUCAUGCAGUUUAUCCUUAAAUCUCAAAGGAAUUUAUUGUAGGACAUUAAGACUUGACAUUUGUGCCUUGGAGUGACUUCGUUUAAAUCCUUUGCUGUUGAAGCUGCUGCCUCUAUGUGCAGUUUCUUUCACAUCUUAUUUCUGAAUGAAUAGGUUGCAAUCAUAUUCUGAAAAUGAAACUGCAAUUUUCUCUAACUGUUAAUUAGUAUACUUCCGACAUGAUUUGAAGAUUGUCAUGUUAAAGUAGGUAUCACAGUGCCAUUUUAAUAAUUGCAAAGUAAAACGAUAGAUACAGCAAUUAUCAAUUAGCAGACUAUUAAAUACACUAAAUGAUAAAAACAUCUAAUGUUUCUUGGUUAUUUUUGUAUUGUACAAUACUGUAAAAUGUUCUAACAUGCAUUAUAAAAUGAUAAUCUCUUUCUACAUAUAGUUAUUGUAUAAAAGUAGUAAAAUAGUUCUAAAAUUAUUUUUACAUAGGACACAAAAUAGUAUAAACUCAGAUUGGGCACAUCCAUGCUUAAUUUUGUUGUAAAUUGUUUUGAGUUGCAGACAUUCCAUGUUUAUUUUUCCUGCAUUGAUCCUUGUCAUAACCCGGUAUAUUUUAUAUUCCAGAUAAAUAAUAGUUACAGAAAUUGCCAUGGUAUUUUUUUUUAGCAUUUCAGGUACUGAUGUAGUUUGUCAAAAUUGCUGGAUUUACGGAAUGCCCGUAUGUUUGUCUGAGGUUGUCAAAUGUCAAAAGUGCCAAUAUAAUACAUUUUUGUAGCACGAGAAUGAUUUUUACAAACUUUAUAAUUGAUGCUACAGUUACCUGGUUUACAAAAGUCUUUUAGUUUUUAAGUAAAACCAAAAUUUUAAACAAAUCAUUGUUCACGUAUUUGGCAGCUGAUUGGAGAUUCAAAGUGUUAAUGGCUGUUGAAGUUCCCUGUGAAAUAAGCUGCAUCAUGAGAAAUGAACAAUGUAUUUAGCAUUGUACGAUUAAUAAACUUUUUUGCUGAAUAACAAUCUCUGAGAAUAAGUAUUGAUUUCAAUGCGCCAGUUUGGGCAUGGGAGAAACUAAAUUUUGGGGAAGUAUUGGGCGAUUGCAAUUGAAGUUAGAGACUGAAUUGGAUGGCUCUGACAGGGUUUGCAGACCAUAGCAAAUCAUGAAUGAUUGUGAUGGUUCACUUCCAGAGGAGUUCAAUGACUUUUAUGCUCACUUUGAAAAGGAGGAUAAAACUACACCUAUGUGGAUCCCUACCUCAUCUGGUGAUCUUGUAAUUUGUCUAGGAGGCCAAUGUCUAUCAUGAAGGUGAACCCACGCAAGGUAUCAGGCUCUGUUGGUGUACAUAGCAGGGCACGGUAACUGGGCUAACUAACUGACAAGACUGUUGGUCUUAUUCAAUCUCACUGCUGCAGCCGCAGGUUCCCACCUGCUUCAAAUAGGCGAUAAUCAUACCAGUGCCCAAGAAUAACCACUUCAGCGUGUAUCACCCAGUUAUACUCGCAUCUACUGUAAUGAAGUGCUUUGAGAAGUUGGUUAUGACCAGAAUCAACUCCUGCCUAAGCAAGGACCUGGACUUACCAAAAUCCAUAUACACUACAUCCACUGCUCUACCUUCAUCAAUUGAAAAUCAAUGUGUUUUGUUACAUCUUCAAAGAAUUCAUUCAGGCUCAUAAGGCACAACCUGCCCUUGACAAAGCCAUGCUGACUAUCCCUAAUCAGAUUAUGUCUCUCCAAAUGCUCAUAAACCCUGCCUCUCAGGAUAUUCUCCAACAACUUGCCCAUCACUGAAGUCAGAUGCACUAGUCUAUAAUUUCCUGGGGUAUCUCUACUCCCUCUCUUGAACAAGGGAACAUUUGCAACCCUCCAACCUUCCAAUACUUCUCCUGUCCCUAUUGAUGAAGCAUAGAUCAUCACAAGAGGCUCAGCAAUCUCUUCCCUCACUUCCCACAUUAGCCUAGAGUAUAUUUCAAACGGCCCCGGUGACUUAUGUGACCUAAUGCUUUUUAAAAGUUCCAGCACAUCCUCUUUCUUAAUGUCUAUAUGCUCAAGCGUUUCAGUCUGCUCUAAGUCAUCCCCACAAUUGCCAAGGUCUUUUUCCCUGGUGAAUACUGAAGCAAAGUAUUCAUUAAGUAUCAACGCUACCUCUUCUGACACCAUGCACGUUUCCACUAUUGCACCUGAUUGGUCCUAUUCUCACACGGCUCAUCCUCUUGAUCUUCACAAACUUGUAGAAUGCCUUGGGGUUUUCCUUAAUCCUGCUCAUGGCCCCUUCUGGCUCUCCUAAUUUCAUUCUUAAGCUCUUUCCUAGCAACCUUGUAAUUUUCUAGAGCUCUAAACUUUGGUUGUUAAGUCAUAACAAAAAUGGCAAAAACAUAUUGACUACGUGUACACAGUACAGAGUGGAGUAUCUGAAAUAUGGAUUUGUGCUGGCACCAAGCAACUAGCUGCAGUAAAUGUGGGUUGUGUGAAAAGGAUUUUUCAAAUGAGGCAAUGAAAACUUCCAGACUCCUUGAACAUUUAAAGGGAAUACACUCAGAUAAUGCAAACAAGAUUAUUUUCUGUCACUAUGAAAAUUUUCAUUCAUGGAAAACACUUCAAAACACCCUCGACAGCACUUCACAACAACAAUUCAUUGCUAAAUCUGGGAAAAUCCCAUUCAAUUGGAGAAGAACUGAUUCUGCCAGCAGUAAGGGAGGUUCCGAGUACAGAUUUGCAUCAGUCAUCAUAUGAAAUAAUUAAAGCGAUUCUCCUCAGCAAUAACUGUUCAAAGAUAAAUGGAUGAAAUGUUUGAGAACAUGGAAGAUUAGGAAAACAUAGUUUGCUCUGCUGUCGGAUGUGUCAGCUUUGCUAGGCAAUGAAUCUUUGCUUCUUGGCUAUGUUUGCUUCAUUAAAGAUGAAAGCAUGGUUCAGGGUUUAUUUCUAAGGGGACUAGAAACAGAGACGAAGGGGGCGUCAAUACUUCAGAUUGUUGAGCAAUAUUUCAAAGAGAAGGACCUUCCACUCACAAGUAUUCUUGCUUGUGCAACACGGGAUACUAUCAAUACUGGGAUGCCACUGUAGGGUUAUUAGUUGCUUUGUAAAAUAAAAUCUGUACCUGAUGUAUCUGUCUUUCAUUGUAUUAUUUUAUUUAUUGUAUUAUUCUAUUUAUUGACAGCGUGGAUAGGCCCUUCCGACCCCUCAAGCCACAACACCCUGAUAGAACUGUAGCCUAAUCACAUGCCGAUUUACAGUGAAUUGAAUUGACUUUAUUACUCACAUCCUUCUUAUACGCGAGGAGUAAAAAUCUUUACAUUAUGUCUCUGUCUAAAUGUGCAAUUUAUAGUAAUUUGCAAUAAGUAGUAUGUACAGCAGAGUAGUCAAUAGAAGAUAGAAAUACAGUUGUGUUAGCAUGAAUUAAUCAGUCUGAUGGCCUGGUGGAAGAAGCUGUCCCGGAGCCUGGUGAUCCUGGCUUUUAUGCUGCGGUACUGUUUCCUGGUAGCAACUGGAACAGUUUCUGGUUGGGGUGACUUGGGUCCCCAGUGAUCCUUCAGGCCCUUUUUACACAACUGUCUUUGUAAAUGCCCUGAAUAGUGGGAAGUUUGCAUGUACAGAUGUGUUGGGCUCUCCACACCAUUCUCGCAAUUGAGGGAAGUACAGUUUCCAUACCAGGUAGUAAUGCAGCCAGUCUGGAUGUUCUCAGUUGUGGCCAAACUUCUUCAGCCUUUUGAGGUGAAAGAGGCCCUGUUGUGCUUUUUUCACCAUACAGCUGGUAUGUACAGACCAUAUGAGAUCCUUGGUGAUAUUUAUGCUGAGGAAAUUAAAGCUCUUCACCCAAUUAACCUGCCUACCAGUACAUCUUUGGACUGUGGAUGGAAACCCACGUGGGCAUGGGGAGAAUGUACAAGUUCCUUACAGGCACGGCCGGAAUUGAACCCAGGUCACUGGUGCUAACCACCACGCAACCAUGCAACUAUGCAACAUCUUGGCACAAAAACACCCCAGCGAUCAGCUGCACAAAUCAUUAAAUACUAUUGUCACAACGGUAAAAAUAAUAAAGCCCUUUGCUCUAAUUUUUGGACUAUUUUGAGAGCUUUGUAUUGAGAAUGCUGAAGAAUUUGAAUGUUUACUGUUGCACACAGAAGUCUGAUGUCUCUCAAAAGGAAACUGCCUUAAAUACAAAUGUGCUUUUAGAAACUGUGACAACACUUUGUGAAGACUGGAACGCUUCUUUCAGUAAUCAUCUUAAGAAUACUAAGCAUGACAUUGCUUAUUUGUUAAAAAUAUUUGCGAAGUUUAAUGAAAUCAUUCUUCAAUUGGAAGAAAAUUAUGCAAAUCUUAUCAAAGUCAAAUCAUGCGUCUCCAUGUUUCUGUCCAAGUUAAUCCAAUUUAAGUGCAACAUUGGCCGUUGUGAUCUUUUCCAACUUCUGGGCCUCUCUGUGUUGAAAGAGAAAGAAAGAAUACCAAAUGAUCUUCAAGAAUACUGUGCCCAUCUAGGUGAGCUGCACGAAGACAAAUCAGAGAGAUUUUAGGAUCUUCUCUCUAUCCAGAUUCCAGACUGGUUAAUAAAUUCAUUGCCAUUCCAGUUAACAGGAAGAAUGGAGGAAGAACGGAUCUUGCUACAAAAUGUCUUUGAGUUGAAGUUGAGGUUAAAAGAAAUUGUAUCAAAACUUGAUUGCCAAAAUCAAUCCAAGCCCUAGCCAGCACUGUGGAAUAAAAGUCAAGAUGUUCUUUAUUGCCUUUAGUGGAGUGCGGUUUCAGUACAUUUACCUAACUUCUUUCAACACAAUGGAACAGAAAGUAAAUUACUGAACAUGGCGAUCUGAGACUCCUCUGAGUGCCAUUCAGCCUGAUGUCAAGAAGCUGAUAUCACUGCUCCAAGCCCAUCCAUGUCAUUGAAAAGUGAAAAAGCAAAGUAGUGAACAGUUAGACUAAUGUUUGCUCUAAAAUUGUUGUUGAAAAUUGUUUCAAAGUUCAAAGUAAAUUUUGUUAUCAAAGUAGAUAUAUAUCACCAUAUACAACACUGAGAUUCAUUUUCCUGUGGACAUACUCAGCAAAUCUGUAGAAUAGUAACUUGAAGAGGAUCAAUGAAAGAUCAACCAGAAUGCAAAAGACGACAAAUUGUGCAAAUGCAAAUGUAAAUAAAUACUGAGAACAUAAGAUAGAGUCCUUAAAGUGAGAUCAUUGGUUGUAGAAACAGUUCAAUGAUGGGACUAGUGAAUGUGUGGUUAUCCCCUUAUGAGCCUGAUGAUUCAAGGUAUUAACUGUUCUUGAUUCUGGUGGUGCGGGCCCUGAGGCUCCUGUACCUUUUACAUGA